UGUACUAGUAGCCUACUGGUGCAAUUUCCACCGGAAUGUCUUCAAAAAAGAAGGAUGGAUGUCCAAAUACAAAAUAUUAUGAUUCUCAGGAUACAAUCCAGAUGUUCGAACCAAUUAGAAACUGGUUGAAUAAAUUCAUGAAGAAAUAUUCACAAGUUGAGUCCUUCACUAACAAAUACCUUUCAAACCUAUGUCUUCAAUUAUUGCAAUUUCAAGAAGAUGCUUUUGGGAAAAAUGCAAAAUCACCUGCAUUAACAAAAAUUCCAAUCAAAUGUUUCCAAGACCUCAAACCUGGUGGAGGACUGUGCCAUAUUCUGGGAACAAUAAUGAAGUAUAAGAUAGACCAAGGACUGCGGCGAUUCGAUUUCCAAAAUCCAUCUCGUAUGGACAGGAACGUUGAAAUGUUUAUGCUGAUUGAAAAAGCAUUGGUACAGAAUGGUUGUCUUACUCGCCCCGUGAUAUAUUUAACAGAAGGUAUGUCGGAGAAAACACGAUCAAAGCUCAAUGAAAUCAUAUGUGAGCAUCAGGGAAGCGUAACAGAUGACAGAACAGAGGCAACUCAUAUUGUAUGCCCUUCACCUGAUGGUUUCACAUCUGACGAUUAUAUCAGUGUUAUAGAGAAGAAAGAGAAAUUUGUUCUCGUCCAUCAUUGGUAUUAUCCAGACAGCUACGACUCAUGGACCCCAGUAAAUGAGGCAGCCACAGAUCACUUGUCACCGACACCACCCCACCAGGGGGUGUGGAGAGUCCAUGAACAAUGGGUUUUAGACCUUGAUUGUUACAAUGAAUGGAUGAAUGAAUUUGAUUAUGAAAUCACAGACGAUAAUGGAAUGGUGGCUCCUGUGUAUGCAAAGAGAAAAGGUUAUGUUGCAAAAGGAAGCAAAGAUGACAGUCCGACCAGCUCUGAUGGAGAUCGGAGAAGAGUGCUGAGUAAAAAAAGAUCUAAACAAAGAUCUCCAUCUCCAGAACCUCAGAAAAAGAAAACAAAAAAAGGAAGGCCAAGCACUCCAGCUGCUGUGAAGAAAAAAUCUUCAAAAGAUGAAGAAGUUGAAGACCCAACGAAAGAUAUGGAUGAACCGGCCACUGUUCCUAAAGUUGAGGAAGUUUUGCUUCCUAAACAGGUCUACUCAAAGCGAGAUCUUGAAACCCAACCUAUUAAAGGUGGCAACAUACAAGAAAUAGGGGAAGCGGAGGAUACAGAACCGAUGGAGCAGAACGUGGAAUCUGAAAAUGGCAAAGAACUGGCAACCAUAAAGAGCGAUCGUGACCCAACAGAUGAAACAGUGACAGAACAAACCCAUCAUAUCAUAGUGCCGAGUUAUUCUGCAUGGUUCGACUACAAUUCUAUACAUGCGAUUGAGAAAAGAGCAUUACCAGAGUUCUUCAAUGGUAAAAACAAAUCGAAGACGCCUGAAAUAUACUUAGCGUAUCGCAACUUCAUGUUGGAUACGUAUAGACUAAAUCCCAUGGAAUAUCUCAGUGCCACGGCAUGCAGAAGAAACCUAGCUGGGGAUGUUUGUGCAAUUAUAAGAGUUCAUGCUUUUAUGGAAAUGUGGGGUCUCGUCAAUUAUCAAGUUGAUACAGAUUCAAAACCUUCGUUGAUGGGUCCUCCACCCACAUCUCAUUUCCAUGUGAUAGCCGACACACCAUCAGGAAUGCAACCAAUGGCUCCUGCUAAGAUUUCUCUCACCAAUGCACAACAAGUGUCUAAGUUUGAUUCGAAGGAAACAACUAAAGAUGAAAAAUCAACGACUGUAGAAGAGUUGGGAACGAACCUCGGCCUCAAAACAGACUUGUACGCUCCACAUCAGAAGAUGGCAAAACCGAAAACAGUUGCAGCAGCGGCCGUAGCCAAACCUUGGACUGAUCAAGAAAUUUUACUUCUUCUGGAAGGUCUUGAAAUGUAUAAGGACGACUGGAAUAAAGUCUCAGAACAUGUUUCCAGUCGCACACAAGAUGAGUGUAUCCUGCAGUUUCUAAGAUUGCCAAUUGAAGAUCCUUAUUUAGAAGGAACCAUAGCUGCCUCCGCAGCAGAAGGGGAGAGUAAUUCAGUUGACUUCAAAGACAUCAUAAAAAAUCAACCCGUACCUUUCUCAAAAGCUGGCAACCCAGUUAUGAGUACUGUCGCUUUUCUAGCGUCUGUGGUCAGUCCUCGUGUUGCUGCUGCAGCAGCUAAAGCUGCAAUCGAAGAAUUCACAAAAAUGAAGGAUGAGGUUCCCAAGCGAUUGAUUGAUGCUCAUGUUAGAGAGGUUGAAGCGGCUGCUAAGGAAGGGAUUGUAGAUCCAGCUCAUGGAUUGAAUAAAAGUGGAAUUGCAGGAACUGAACCAGAAAAAGCUGAAAAAGUGGAAGAAAAGAAAACUGAUGAAAAGAAGGAUGAAAAAACUGCAGAAUCGAAAGAAUCCGAUGGAAAAACAGAAAAAAAGGAUGAAGCCAUGGAAACUGAUUCUCCUGAGAAAAAAGAAGAAAAAGCCGGAACAGAGGAAGCGAGUGCAGAAACCUCUCAAGAUAAGAAGGAUGGAAAAGCGACUGCAGAAGAAGAAAAAGCAAAGGCAGAGAAAGUAAAAGAAUUCCUGAAUAAGAAUAUACCAGAAGGAAAUCUGGCAAGUGCUGCUGCCUCUGCCCUUGCGGCUGCCGCUGUAAAAGCAAAAUAUUUAGCUCAGGUUGAAGAAAGAAAAAUCAAAAGUCUUGUUGCUUUGCUGGUGGAAACACAAAUGAAAAAAUUGGAAAUCAAGUUGAGGCACGUAGAAGACAUUGGUAUUAUUCAAGAUUGUGAGCUGGCAAGGACUAGAUUGGAAUCUCAACAAUUACUGAAGGAAAGGCAGACUUUUAUAAUGAACACAGCAAAACAUUUUGAAGAGUUGGAAACAAUUAUGGAGCGUGAGCGCCAACAACUAGAAUAUCAGCGACAACAACUGAUGCAAGAACGACAAGCGUUUCUACUUGAACAAAUGAGAUACGCAGAAGCAAGAGCUAGACAGCAACAGGUGAAGCACAUGCAUCUAAUGCAGCAACAACAACAACAAACUGGGUCUCUUCACCCAGGGGCACCACCCCACUCUGGGGUUCCUCCCACACAACCUGGACAGAUUCCACCACCCCAAUCUGGCUUCACAGGGCAACAACCCCAAGGGGGUCACCCUGGUGCCCCACCUCAAAUUCCUUCUUCGCAACCCCCGCAGCCAAUGAUGACUGGCCCUCCGCAAACCCAGCUGCCACCUACUGUUUCAACCAAUCAGCAACAAGUUCCGCCUCAAAUGGUGACCAAUCAACAACCACCACCACAAGCUCCUCCCAACCAACCCUUCCCAACUCAAAUGCCACCCAAUCAGCAACAAGCCCCGCCUCCUCAACAAUACCCACAGCAGCUCCCACCCAAUCAACCAUUCCCAACACAGCCACAACCCAACCAGCAAAUUGCCCCUCAAAUGAUGCCCAAUCAGCAACCAGCUCCAGGAGUUCCUCAACCAAUGGCAAGUCAGCCUCAACAAGCCCCGCCUUCAGUGGCAGGAAAUCCUCCAAUGAGCAGGCCUGUACAGCAGGUAGCAGGGCCAAGGCAAACGCCAAGUCCAGCUUUAUCUCAUACAUCAACCACUUCAACUCCACCUUUGCCAGGGCACCCCCCUACAAGCCAGCACACAGCCCCUCCUCACCCACAAGGCAUGGCACCACCACCUGGUCAACCAAUUCCAGGACAGCCCCCUAUGGGACCACCUGCAGCACAACUUGGGGUCCCACCUCCGCCGUCCAUGAUGGGUCACCCACCACAGCAGCAUCCACAUUACCCACAGCAGUACCAGCAGCAGAGGCCGCCUGCGCCAGCCCCAGGUCACCCUGGUAUGCCACCACCCCAGGGAGGAUAUGCUCCACCGCCUGGACCUCCAACGAGCAUUCAACAACCAGGGACUGUUCCACCACCCAUGCACCAACCCCAACAAGGGCCCCCAGGAAGUUACCCAGCGCCUCCUCCCUCACAGCAAUACCAGUCUCAGCCAGGUUUCCCCCAGUCUUUUCCCCCUCAAAGUGGGGAAGUACCACCACAAUACCCCCCUGGUUCAGCGCAGAGUAUGCCCCCACCACAGCACUACCAACCCCAGCCUCCUGUAGGGGAAAUGCAGCCCCAACCACAACCGGCAACUCCACAGCCCGCUCCAGCCCCAAACCAGCAAGCCGGUCCUGCACCACAGUGAUUAAAAUAUACUUCGUCAGCUUGAAAAGUAGAGAAAGGAAGUGUACAUCAGAAAUGUAUCGGAAUUUCCCGAUUUUGAGGUUAAUUUGUACAUUUCAGUCAUAUUAUCGAGCAGGAACAUUGCCUUGACCAGACUGGAUAACAAAACUUACAUGUGUCUUGUGUAAUUGCUCAUAAAAUAAUAGUUCAUAUUUACUCUCUACAUCAGAAAGGAAUCGGCAAUUUUAAACAUAUUUUGUCUGAGGUACUUAUUUCAUUCUCAACUUGCGUUUUCAGCAAACAAUCUGUGUCAAAUAGAAGGGGUAAAAGAUAGGUCUCGUCUAUUUGCUAAUAGAGUUGGGAUUGUUCAUGUUUACACUCUUUCAAAAAAUGUUUUCUUCUGAAAUAUGGUGAUGUGCAAUUUUACUCCUUGUAGUGUGUUCAAUAUCUUCAUAUUAAAAAAUGUAGCCACACAAGCGGGGGUUGAGUGCGUACAAAAGUAGUGCAUAAAAAUUGGUUACAAUUGAGAAGUUUUGAACUUUUUAAGUUGAAGAUAAAAAAGUUCUUUGUGCUGUGAUAUAUGGAAUAAAUGUAACUACCGUAUUCAAUAUUUAGACUAGUGUGCCAACACAAGUGACUUUUACCAAAAACUAUGUGCUGAUUUGGGUAGCUAGAUGGGCUGCUAAAUAGUAUACUAACGAGGCCAAGAAUUCUACUCUGUUUUGUUGAUUGAAAUUUCAAUUCUGAAGUAUUGAGCAGGCAUGACCAUGCACAGGAGGCUAGGGUAUUGAUGUCCAAUAUAGCUGUUGUUUACCGCCUGGCUUGUUUCUUUUGCUGCUAUUUGUGUUUUUGAUACAUGUUGAAUAAAUGAAAUGUGUCGUCUCAGUUUCUCACUCA